UUCUCUUUCCCUGACUUGUCUCCCUCUGCUCUCUACUUGAGCUUAAAUUCAACCUUCAAUUGGGGGAAAGAUACAAUCUUUUUGAAUCAUUCGCGGAGUCUCUUUCUCAUUCCCAUUAUAUUUUCUUGAUCUGGGAAUUCGUUUUCCCGAGUUAGAUCAAUUUUUCUUCAAUAAUUUUACAUCUACACUUCAUCUAUCUCCUUCCAUUACUAUCGAAACUGUUCAUGCAAGUAGAAAAGUGUACAUCUAACAAGUGGAUUUUCAUCUAAGGACACAAGUGGUAUCUUUUAUUUCUGAGUUUCCAGUAUGGGUAGAGGGAGAGGAAAAGGGAGGAAGCAGUCUGCAGUUGCUGAUCACGAUGAUACUGCAAGUGGCGAAAAUGAGAAGUUGCCGAUGAGGAGAAGAGGAAGGCCACAAAAGCCUUUGAAAGGUAAAGUUUUGGAAGAGGAUAAAAUCGUGAUGAUAGAGAAGGAGGAUGAUGGCGUGGAGGAAACAACGAAAGCCACAUUGAAUAAAAGUAAGAGAACCCAAGCUGCAGCAGAGAAUGGCAGGAAGAGGAAGAGAGCAUCUCACCUAGAAGAAAAUACAGAGACGGUAAAAGUGGAAAAUGGUGUGGGAGCCAAAGAUAGUGCUACAGACUUGAUCAAGUCUGUUGGAUACCGACCAAAUGGGAGUAGAAGGAAAAAUAAGCCUAGACGGGCUGCUGAAGUCGGCGUUGAGUGCCAAUGAAGAUCCCGUUUCACAUUGAGAGAUGAUACUUUUCCAGCUGCUUAGUGGUUCUUCAGUAUUUCUUUUGUCUCUCUUUUUGAAUUUGUGGUUUUGGUGAUAUGGUUGAGAACAAUUCUUGAAUUCGUGAUUUUUUUUGUUAGUUGAGAACAAAUGUUUGAUGAAUGUUUCUCAUGUUUUUGGUAUUAGAUAGCUUCAUGAUUCAAGUAUUUGGUUUGAGCUGCCAAAACAUUUUUAUCUGUCCA